AUGGCCAAUAAUCCAGCUGAUGAUGAAGGAUAUAAUGAAUAUUUAUAUAAAAUUUUAGUUGUUGGUGAUAUCGGUACUGGUAAAACCUCAAUUAUCAAGCGUUUUGUUCACAACAUUUUCUCUAUGCACUAUAAAUCAACAAUUGGUGUCGAUUUUGCUUUAAAGGUUAUCAACUGGGAUCCAAAAACUGAAGUUAGAUUACAACUUUGGGAUAUUGCAGGUCAAGAAAGAUUUGGAUCAAUGACAAGAGUUUAUUACAAAGAAGCAGUUGGUGCUAUGAUUACUUUUGAUGUUACCAGAAUGAGUACAUUCGAAGCAGUUGCUAAAUGGAAAGCUGAUAUCGAUUCAAAAGUUACUUAUGGCCCAGAAGAAAAACCAAUUCCAGUUGUUUUAUUAGCUAAUAAAUGCGAUUUAGGUAAAGAUGCUUUCAUUAAAACUGCAAAUGAUAUGGAUAAAUAUUGCAAAGAUAAUGGUUUCAUUGGAUGGUUUGAAACUUCUGCAAAAGAAAAUAUGAAUAUUGAAAAAGCUGCUCGUUUCUUAGUCGAUCACAUUUUAAAGAAUGACAUUAGAAGAAAUCAACCAUUACAAGAUAACGACGCUGUCGAUUUAAAUAAACAACCACAAGCCACUCCAUCUGGUCCAAGCUGCUGUAAAUAA